UUAUAUUUGUAGUCGCCGCCUGAUCCCCUCCUGUCCUACCGCUCCCUCCACGUUCCUCCCGAUCGCCCGAGGAGCAAAAAAUGGCGGCCACACUCACCUCCGCUCUCUCCCUUGUCUCCUACUACUCCGCACCUUCCUCCUCUUCGCCUGAAGUCCCCUCCAAAGCCAUAAAGUUCGCUUCUCGGCCUUUCCCCGUUCGCCGCCGCCGCCGUGCUGCCUUCCUCCGCCCGCCCGCCGCCGUAACCCCCAAGAUCGAAGAGCUCGGCACCCUCAUCUCCAACCUCACGCUAGAGGAGGCCAGGAGCCUCGUUGACCACCUGCAGGACCGCCUCGGUGUCUCCGCGGCCGCCUUCGCCCCCGCCGCCGUUGCCGUUGCCCCAGGAGCCGCUACCGACGCGGCUGCCGGAGGAGAGGCUGUGGUAGAGGAGAAGACCGAGUUCGACGUGGUCAUCGAGGAGGUCCCCAGCAACGCCAGGAUCGCCACCAUCAAGGUGGUUCGGGCGCUGACGAACCUGGCGCUGAAGGAGGCCAAGGACUUGAUCGAGGGGCUUCCGAAGAAGUUUAAGGAGGGCGCAACGAAGGAGGAGGCAGAAGAGGCCAAGAAGAAGCUCGAGGAAGUUGGGGCAAAGAUCUCGAUCGUAUGAGCUCGGAGGAAUCAAAAGACGAGGCGAAGGUUUCGUGCUUAGGUUAUCUUUCUGGAGUGGCCAUUUUGUGAUCCUCUUGUUGUUUUAUGCCUUACCUAUUUAUUGUGUUUGUAUUCGUUGGAAUCUUCCUGUAUCAUUGGAUGUUGGCACAGCAAACAUUGAUGCAUGUAUUUUGGAACUGACAGGGGUGAAUUUAAAUAGAAGAUUUAUUAUUUCAAAUUA